AUGUGUGCCGCUGUCGCUCGUCCGGUGCGUGUUAGACGUCUUCCCCAGAGGCUUGAUGAUUUCGAAGGCAUAAAAAGUGGAGGUAAGUCUAAGCCGUCGACUGCACAAUGGGCGGCGGAUGUGGAGGCGACUAGGACGUUCUUGAGACAACACCGAGUGUCCAACCCUACGCCCAAGGGUUAUUUGGUAGCGGAGCAAGCCCCGGACAUCGCUGGACCCGCAGACCCGCCCAUUAAGCCGUACGGCUUCACCGUCGAGGAGAGGCUUGAUUUGCAUGCGCAGCACCGGCCUGGCCGACGCAAGCCGGUGAAAGUAGUGGAGGCUCACGACAGCGGAAAGCAGGAGAAGCACGGUGCCACUGAACGUGGAACUAGCAUGGGCGCUGGCCUCCCUGGAAUGGUGCCAACGCCUUUCUUCGAUGGUGGCGUGGGACAGACUCACGACAUGGAGGCAGAGCACGGUGAAUCGUCCCCCGAGGAGGGUGUUGGGGAUGCCGGAGGAGACGACCCAGAACUCUUAGAGCUGACGAGGCUGCUCAACAGCGUUUGCCAGCGACGUGGCCGUGACAUUUCGGGUAUCCUUACGGCUGCUGGUAGUCGUGGCACUCCACUGCUAGGUGCUGAUGAGUUAGAGGCAUUGGCGAGUAUUGACAGUUCUGUCCGCAGGCACGAAGAAUGUGGAAAGGGCCCCAUCUCUGGGUUAAACAGGGGUGACACGCAGGCAGCCGCGAGUAACAUACCUCGAGCUCCCCCUAUCGCUACGGACGAGAACCCUCAUGCUUUCACUAAUGACCAUCAUGAGCCAUCACCACAGCCUACCUCACAGCCCGCAACCCCACCCCAGGCUGUCGGCCACGCUAAGGCUGUUGCACAUCGCGGGCCAUUGAACGGAGGGCUUUACACCAACAGACUCAAGAAGGAGCGUGACCACAUCAACAACACCAACGGAGGUGCACCCGGCCCUGUUCCUGCGGCACAACCUACACGGGUAGGAGUGCAUGACCAGCGGAAUGACACGUACCGGACAAGAGGAGCAGCGUACCGCGGGCAUGGCGCAGGGGCUGCCGAGGGCUUCCAAGCUCGUGGUGUGAAGCGGGAAAGGAACGUCCCGCUGAUGACACUCAUCAUUGACUAUGAUCCGGAGAGGAGCGGGGAGGGCUUGAUACGUGGCAUGCCGUCUCCAGAUGAGAUCGUGGUGCACGCAAAGAUGGCAAUGGAUCUCCUGCUACGCAACGGUGCGGCCCGAGGUGUGACCCUGUUCCCUUCGAACACAGUGAGGAACGAGGCGCUACGUAUCAUCCUUCGUGCCACGCAUGACGUGAGCUACGUCCAGGUCUGUUACGCCAUGUCCAAGACGGAGUACAGUACGAAGGUAAACAAAGUGUGGACGAAGUUCAGGAACGACUCGUCCUCUAUGGCACGCUACACGAUUGUCUGCGGGCUGGGGAUAGACGUCGUGGGAACGGGGCUGUACAAGUAUGAGCUGGACACAGCCAGGAAGGCAGAGUGGUGGGAGACCCUCGGCCCACAGGAGCACCUUGGGCACAAGGUCUCUUCGUGGAGCCAUGAGAAGGGCGACAAGAGGCCCUUCACCAGCGCCCUCUUCUUUGCAGCGUGCAAGGCGGCAUACCCUGAGUGGGUCACUGCUGACGGGAUCCUUGUCCUCGUCCCCUAUCACAUAGCGUGGGUCCUGUUUUCUUUCGACUAUGGCAUGACCAACAUGAGGGACAAGUCAAUGACUCUCUCACAAAGCCCCCUGACCAACGAGCGCGAGAUGGUGGAGGUGCUGGCAGAGGUCGAAACAGCCAUCAAGAUGUGGCUGGCCGUGGCGAAGGGGCGCCUGUACGUCCCUGAGAUGGGGGCUUUCAAGUGGGGUGAAGCUGGGCUGUUUAUCAACGAGAGUGGGUUCAAUGAGUAUCUGCCGGAGGAGUAUCAGGUGCGACCUGCGUCGCACGUGGGAGACGAGGGUCCGUGGAUGGAGUGA